AUGGGUUGGAGCCAUGCAUUCCACAAGGCGAAGGCGGUGGGGGCAGGCAAAUGGAUUGGUCCCGCUGUCCCUGGUUUAUCCAGUCUGCAGACACCCCAGCCAAACCCUUUCAAGGUCAUCAUGACAAUACAAAUGUAUGUUACCACGUUGGACAGAGAAGUAAUCCCCAAGCACGUAAUCACCGAUCAUAGCUCCAAUGUCAUGCAUAUAUCGGUUAUCAGUAAUCUUCGAAGCUUCUCCAGAAAGCGUCUUUGCGCCAGGAUUACCCCUUGCUUCACCGCACAUUACGGCAGCCAAUCAGCGAGCUCCCAACACACCAAACCCAGACCCUGGUGCUUCGGAAGCUCUGUACUAACCAGAAACGGAAAGGUUGAGCCCCGCCAAGCGGUCCCUUACCUAGGCACAGGUACCGAAAUACUGUUACAGAAGCAUGCUCGGCACAAAAUUAAUUACAUAUGCCACCCAACCGAUCGACAAGCCCCGGGCAUCAGAGGGCAAAUUGGAACCCGCCUGAUUGGGCAGAGCGGCGAAACAAAAAUUACCCGGCUUAAAUACUCCGUUUUUGCAGCAGAAUGCUGUUUUGUAAAUCGGAGAGCCAAAGAGUGGGGGACGCGGUUCUGUCCGAGGGCUUAUUGUGCCAUGGACGGUCGGAACGGGGACAUGCCGUCUUGUUCGGCAUCAUGUGAUAGUGAGCUAUAA